UCCCUUCCUUUCUUUAUUUCCUCACUGAUCAGGACUGCACGCAAAGAGCAGAGAGAGAGAGAGAGUAUCAAAACUAGCAAAAAAUGAUGCUAAAAAAAGCUGUCAUCCUUCUUUCUUUGAUCUGCAUUUCGAUUGCUGGUGUUUCUGGUCAAGCACCAGCAACGUCACCAACAGCAACACCAGCACCACCCACACCAACUUCUUCUCCACCGCCAGCAACCACUCCUCCACCAGUUUCAGCCCCACCUCCUGUUACCCAAUCUCCACCUCCAGCUACCCCUCCUCCAGUUUCAGCCCCACCACCUGCCACCCCUCCUCCCGCAACCCCACCACCAGCAACUCCUCCUCCCGCCACCCCACCACCAGCAACCCCACCACCUGCUACUCCUCCACCAGCAACCCCUCCUCCCGCUGUUCCUCCACCAGCUCCAUUGGCAGCUCCACCAGCUCUUGUUCCAGCUCCAGCUCCCAGCAAGCCUAAGUUGAAGUCUCCAGCUCCAUCUCCCCUGGCAUUGAGUCCUCCAUCUCCACCAACUGGCGCUCCUGCUCCAAGUUUGGGUGCUUCCUCUCCUGGACCCGCUGGAACCGAUAUGAGUGGAGUAGAGAAGAUGGGGUCCGUGCAGAAGAUGGUCCUGAGCCUGGUCUUUGGAUCAGCAUUCUGGUUGCUAACUUAGACAUAUCAUCUUUGUGUCUCAGUUUUUAAUUUUAUUUUUAUUUUUUUUUAAUUUCUGCUGUUGUCUACAUAUAUUACUGGCUGCCAUUUUAGCCCCUGCGCGGUGAUGAGAUCUUUUAUUACCAGUACUUGAGCCAUAUAUUAUACAUUCGGUUGGAUUCUUUGGGGAGAUUUUUGAGGGAAGCUUUUGUAUUCGAGGGGAGUUGUUUUGUAUUUGAGAUUGUUGAUAGUUUCCUCUUUCUCUCUUUUA